AUGGAUAAAAUACCUGAACAUAGAAAAAAUGCUUUUAAGUCAAAGGCCAUUUUUAAAGCUGAAGAGCUACGUCGACGUCGUGAAGAGCAACAGAUCGAAAUUCGGCGUAAAACCCGUGAAGAAUCUUUGGCAAAGCGUCGUAAUUUAAAUCUUCAAGAACAGUUACCUGAAAUGAUUAGUGGUGUCUUCUCUGAAAAUGUGGAAGAACAAUUGCAAGCAACUACAAAAUUUAGAAAAUUGCUUUCGAAAGAAAGAAAUCCUCCAAUAGAACAAGUCAUUGAAUGUGGCGUGGUUGCUCGUUUUGUCGAUUUCUUAAGGUCUCCUCAUUCUCUUGUACAAUUUGAGGCUGCAUGGGCUUUAACCAAUAUUGCAUCAGGAUCUUCCGAACAAACUCAAGUAGUAAUUGAUUCUGGAGCUGUACCAAUCUUUGUUGAAUUAUUAAGUAGCAAUGUAGCUGAUGUUAAGGAACAGGCUGUUUGGGCUUUAGGUAAUAUUGCAGGAGAUAGUCCACCUUGCCGUGAUAUUGUAUUAAAAGAAGGUGCCCUUCGACCUUUACUUUCUAUAUUGAAUGAAAAUAAUAAAAUAUCAAUGAUGAGAAAUGCAACCUGGACAUUGUCUAACUUUUGUCGAGGCAAAAAUCCUCAACCUGAUUGGAAUUUGAUCGUCCCUGCAUUACCAGUUCUUGCCAAACUUAUCUAUUCUGUUGAUGAUGAAGUUCUUAUUGAUGCAUGUUGGGCAAUUUCAUAUUUGUCUGAUGGUAGUAAUGAAAAGAUCCAAGCCGUCAUUGAAUCUGGUGUCUGUCGUAGACUUGUUGAACUUUUAAUGCACUCUUCUACUUCUGUUCAAACGCCCGCUUUACGUUCAGUUGGAAAUAUUGUUACAGGCGAUGAUAUUCAAACUCAAGUUAUUAUUAAUUGUGGUGUAUUGCCUACCUUGUUAAGGUUACUAUCUAGUGUAAAAGAAGGACUUCGUAAAGAGGCUUGUUGGACCAUUUCAAACAUUACAGCUGGAAAUUGUGCUCAAAUACAGGCGGUUAUAGACGCAAACAUCAUACCACCUAUCAUUAACAUCAUGGGACAUGCAGACUUCAAAACUCGUAAAGAGGCAUGUUGGGCUAUUUCCAAUGCAACUUCUGGAGGAUUAAACAAACCUGAACAAAUCAAGUAUCUUGUUAGUCAAGGAUGCAUCAGACCUCUUUGUGAUCUAUUAACUUGUUUGGAUAAUAAAAUUAUUCAGGUUGCUCUUGACGGCCUUGAGAACAUUCUUAAAGUUGGUGAUUUGGAAAAAGUUGAUAGUCUCAAUCAAUUUGCAGUUUAUGUUGAGGAAGCAGGCGGUAUGGAAAAAAUUCAUAAUUUGCAAACUCAUGACAACAUUGAUAUUUACAAAAAAGCAUAUCAUAUUAUUGAUAAAUACUUUGCGGAAGAUGAUGAGGAAGAUUCAAAUUUGGCUCCAGAAAUGGAUAUGAAUACAGGUCAAUUUAUUUUCCAACCAGAUUUAAAUCUACCUCAAGGAGGUUUCAACUUUGAUAAUAAUACUAAUCAACCUAUGUAG